UUGGGCAUGUGAUCGUGUCGUUGCUCCGGGCCUCAUUCAGGCACUGGCCUCGCCCUCUGGAUGAAGUCCGACCGAGUUUCCUUGUGGGCGUUUUAAAGCUUUUGGUAACCUGGCGCCAGCCUCCAAUUUAUUCAUCAUUCAUUCAUUUAACGUUCAUUGAGUACAAUCUAGGCGCUAGAGGUGGAGAAGUGAUCAAGACAAGCACGACCCCCACGGUACAGGGAAAAGUAAUGGACAGGAGAAGCGCUGGGCAGAGAAGAACAGGGAUGGCUUCUGGAACUAAAUCACGAACGCCAGUCAAGAGUGGUGAGGCGUACACUGUUCUAAAGAGAGACAAAAGAUGUGCCAAGGCCUGGAAGGGAGAGAGAGGCUAAUGUGUCCUGGUCACUGAAGAUACCUGACUGAAUCUCGUGGCCGGGGCUAGAGUAGUAAGUGGAGAUGGAGAGAAGCCGAGGAAUUCAAGGCUGGGAUGGCCACCGGCUGGGGGAGCCUCUUGCAGGAUGAGCAGCAGCUGGAGGAGCUGGUGCGGCAGGCCGUGGACCGGGCCCUGGCUGAGGGAGUGCUGAUGAGAACAUCACAGAAGCCGAGCUCUUCGGACGUGGUGAGCUAUGCCCCAUUCACACUGUUCCCCUCACCGGUCCCCGCUGCCUUGCUGGAGCAGGCCUAUGCUGUGCAGAUGGACUUCAACCUGCUGGUGGAUGCUGUCAGCCAGAAUGCUGCCUUUCUGGAGCAAACUCUCUCCAGCACCAUCAAAAGGGAUGACUUUACUGCUCGUCUCUUUGAUAUCUACAAGCAAAUCUUGAAAGAGGGCAUUGCCCAGACUGUGUUCCUGGGCCUGAACCGCUCAGACUACAUGUUCCAGUGCAGUGCACAUGGCUCCCCAUCCCUGAGACAGAUUGAAAUCAACACCAUCUCUGCCAGCUUUGGGGGCCUGGCCUCCCGGACCCCAGCUGUGCACCGACAUGUCCUCAAUGUCCUGAGUAAGACCACAGAAGCUGCCAAGAUCCUCUCCAAUAAUCCUAGCAAGGGACUCGCCCUGGGGAUUGCCAAAGCCUGGGAGCUCUACGGCUCAGCCAAUGCUCUGGUGUUGCUGAUUGCUCAAGAGAAGGAAAGGAAUGUGUUUGAUCAGCGUGCCAUAGAGAAUGAGCUACUGGCCAGAAACAUCCAUGUAAUCCGGCGAAGAUUUGAAGAUGUCUCUGAAAAGGGGUCUCUAGACCAAGAUCGAAGGCUGUUUGUGGAUGGCCAGGAAGUUGCUGUGGUUUACUUCCGUGAUGGCUACACACCGAGUCAGUAUAGUCUACAGAAUUGGGAAGCACGCCUGCUGCUGGAGAGGUCGUGUGCUGUCAAGUGCCCGGACAUUGCCACCCAGCUGGCUGGGACUAAGAAGGUGCAGCAGGAGCUGAGCAGGAUGGGCGUGCUGGAGAUGUUGCUGCCUGGCCAGCCUGAGGCCGUGGCCCGCCUCCGUGCCACCUUUGCCGGCCUCUACUCACUAGACAUGGGUGAAGAAGGGGACCAGGCCAUCACUGAGGCCCUUGCUGCCCCUAACCAGUUUGUGCUAAAGCCCCAGAGGGAGGGAGGAGGUAACAACCUGUAUGGAGAAGAGAUGGUGCAGGCCCUGGAGCGGCUGAAGGACAGUGAAGAAAGGGCCUCCUACAUCCUCAUGGAAAAGAUUGAACCAGAGCCUUUUGGGAAUUGCCUGCUACGGCCUGGCAGGCCUCCCCGGGUGGUCCAGUGCAUCUCAGAACUGGGCAUCUUUGGGGUCUAUGUCAGGCAAGGAAAGACACUUGUGAUAAACAAGCACGUGGGCCAUCUGCUUCGAACCAAAGCCAUCGAGCAUGCUGAUGGUGGUGUGGCAGCAGGAGUGGCAGUCCUGGACAACCCAUAUCCUGUAUGAGGGCACAGCUAUGCUGGCCAAGACUUCUCUCAAGAGAUCUUCUAGCCUCUGUCCUUGUCAUCUCUCCUACCCCAUCUGAGGGGCUGCCCUCCCCUACCUUGGGAGGGCUAGUCUCUUCCAGAGACCUCUAGAGUCUUCACGGAAGGGUAAAUCCUGGGUACAUUCCCCCACCUCCCCAGCAGUGUUUCCUUUAGAUGACAUCUAGAGGUCCCUAAAUCCUUGGAGUGAGAGUAUAGCUGAAAGGAAGUUUCUCUGAGGUAAAGGUCCAUAAACCCUGCCACCCUCAUUUCAGGCCCUCAUUAGCCUUUUCAGCAGGUCCCAGUGCCUGACUUGGGAUAGGACUGAAGGUUAAGAGGGGUGGAGGGGCAUAGCCUUUCCCCAACUCUGCCUUAAAUAAAAAACAUUGCUGGUUCCGUGA